AUGUCCACACAGAGCAAGGCCACUGAGGAGUAUCGGCAUUUGAUGUCUGAAAACAUUGCUAUCCAGAGCGAAGUAGAUGUUAAAAAUCAAGCGCUGCAAGCUGCUCGCGACGAGCUAGCAAAUCAACGCAGUGAGCUUGAGCGUCUGCGCCAAGAGCAUGAAAAGAUUAUGUCUUAUAAACAGGAAAAGCAACCCGUUUCGACGACGUCUGCAGCUGUUCAGGCAGAAAAUUCUUUCAUAGAUAUAGAAAUUUCAUCAAACUCCACUUCCUUACCAGCGACAGUAACUAUUGCUGCAGGUCAAUUAAAUUCAGCUAAAGAAGAAGUAGGUCGAUUGAGGCAAUCAGUUUUAAGUGAAGCAAUUACUAGCAACGGUCAUUUAAAAUCAGGAUCUGCGGUAUCUCCUCCAUUGCCUCUGGAAAAACCUAUAGAAGAAUUAAUAACAGUCCCUAUCCAUUGUGGGCUCCUGAAUAAGACGGAAGACAAAAUAGUGAAAACUUUGGCUGUACAUACGACGGCCGGCCUUGUGGACAGUGAAAUUCUAAAAAAUGAGAGAUUAGAUGCCGGAGUAGCUUCCCCAUUUAAGAACCGAAAGAAGGAAAGCAAUGCUAUGGUUAAAGCAAAAGGAAAUGGGAAAGAUGAAUUGUCAAAAAAUGACAAAUACGAUGUAUACGAACAACAGAAUAUUAACUCCUAUCCAAAAGAUUUAGAAAAGAUGAAAAAUGCUGUUGUAAUACAGCGUGAUCAACAACUAGAUAUAAAUAAUCCUGGCGGAAUUUCCGGUCUUGAUCCAGCUAACUUGAGGAAUCUCCGGCUUAAACCAGAUACUAGUGAUGACGAUAGACUUGAACCAAUAAAGGAUAUCGAGGUCUCUCGCACAACUGAUGUUCAAGGGUUUCAUAAAAGGCAAAACAGUUCCAGAAGGAGACGGCAAAAUCCCUGCAAAGAAAGGCCUGAGGAUAGCGACAAAAAGCAAUCAAGCUUUAGUAAGUCCUAA